AUGGGUCUUUUCUCUAUGCAGCAUCACCCCCACCAUCAGCCCCAGGGUCACGCACCUACUCAGCAGCAGCAUCUGCAGCAGCACCAGCAACAUCCUCGACCCUCGAGCGUUGUUCAUCAACAGCAUCAUCCCCAGGCUCAGUCGCAGCAGCAUCCCUCCUACGCUUCUGGACAUCCCAUUGCUCCGGCCUACCAGCAGCAGCAGAGCCAGCCCUCCAACGCCCAGCAGCACUCCCAGGACGGUCUUCCCUACUACGCGCAUCCGAGUCCCUACAGCACCCCAGGCGCGACAAGCGGAUACACGUCCGCUGACCAAUCCGACAUGAUGGCCGCCGCUCAAAUGCCGAGACCACCUUACCCUCCCAUGUCCUACCACACGCCGCAGUCGAACUCGCCCGCGUCGGUAGCCUCGCCUUCCCAACAUGACCAGCACAGAAGCAUCUACGGCCAGCCGCCGUCUCAACCUCUCCAGCAGCACAUGUACUACCAGACGCAGCAAGCCCACUACCCGUCGAUGCAGGCGCAACCCCAACAGUCUCCGUACGCGCAACACGCCGCCCAGACGCACCAGUCCAUGUCUUCCCAACCCAACAUGAUGAUGUCUGCGCAGUCCCAGCAGCAGCAGCAACACAUGCCCCAGCACCAGGCACAACAACACCAGGCCCAGAUGACCAACAGCCCACGUGGUCAGAUGAAGGCAGAGCCCCAGGUGCCGCUGCAGCUUCAGAAGCCUCAGUCGACCCCUAUGCAACACGCCCAGCACCCCCAGAACGGUGCUGCUCUGAACACGCCCACAGGAUCGACUCCUGGCGGUGUCAACCCCAACGCGGCGCCCGGCCCCAUCCCGGCCACUACCCCCCUGGUCGUCAGACAAGAUCAGAACGGGGUUCAAUGGAUCGCGUUUGAGUACUCUCGCGACCGCGUCAAGAUGGAGUACACCAUUCGCUGCGAUGUGGAGUCGGUCAACACGGACGAGCUCUCGGCCGAGUUCAAGACGGAGAACUGUGUAUACCCCAGAGCCUGCUGCCCCAAGGAUCAAUACCGAGGCAACCGCCAAGUAUACGAGACGGAGUGCAACACUGUCGGUUGGGCUUUGGCUCAGUUGAACCCUCCUCUGCGCGGCAAGCGAGGUCUCAUCCAGCGCGCCGUUGACAGCUGGCGUAACAGCAACCAAGACCCCCGGCUCCGAAGCCGAAGAGUGCGCCGAAUGGCCAAGAUGAACACCCGGAAAUCGGUUCAGGGCGGCCCUCACCCCGGUGCUCACAUGGGCGGCCCCAGUCCGCCAGGGAUGCCUCAAGGUGCGGGUGGCAUGGGCCCCGCGGGUACAUCAGCCAAGAUGCCUGGAAUGAACAUGGGUCAUAUGCCGCACACCAACGCUCCGGGUGGAGGGGAUGAAGUCGGUGAUGGAGAGUACAUGGACGAACACCAUCACCACCACCAGGCCCCCGCUGGCCAGGAGGGUGGUGACGUCAGACAGUCGCAGGUCUUUUCCGGAAGCUACGGUGGUCACGGAGGCUACCCGGCACCCAGUUCCGGGUCGAUGCCGCACAUGGGAAGCAGCUCCCACGGCGGUGCCAUCUCUGCUCGCCGCCACAGCCGCAGCGACAACGGCGAGCCGGAGGAUCUGUUCCCCAACAUCCCCGAGGCCAAGAAGCGCAAGUUCAUCCUCGUCGAAGACAAUGUGCGCGGCUCGCGUCUGCGUGUCAGAGUCACCCUCGACGGCGUCGACACCAAGGAGAUUCCCGACUCCUUCCGCAAGGGCGCUUCCGUCUUCCCCCGGUCGUACUUCCCGCGCGAGAUGCAGAGCCCGCCGCCGUCCGCCACCGGCACAAAGUUCUUCCAAGAGGAUGCCGAUGAUGAGGACGACGGUGUCGAAGAUACUGAGGGCCGAGGCUCUCGCCGCGGCCGUGGAAACAGCAAGGCCAUGGUCAAGGUUCCCAUUGGCGAGAACACCGAGGGCGAGGUCGCCAUUCCUCGUAUGAGGAAGAGCGUCAGAGGCAAGGAGGUUCGACUCAACGACUUGGGAUAUCGCAUGGCGUGGUUGCAGAGCAGAGUCUUUGCCGGACGGACGGUGUUCCUUCAGAGAGCUCUGGACUGCUACCGCAACAAGACGCGUUCUGCCAUUGAGUCCAUCAUGCAGGAUGUCAAGACGCUCGUGCCGCACUUUGAGACGCGCGUCGGCAAGCGGAAGUGGAAUGAGAGAAUGAGAAAGGGAGAGGCUGACGAGUAG